UAUAACAAAUUCAUAUUUAUGAAGAAUAUUAGAAAUAAUUUUUAUAGGUAUAAAUAGAUUUUUACGAAAAUUAAAUGAUUGACUAUAAUAUUAUAUAAUCGUUUAAGAUGAUUUAUUAAUAUAUUAUCAUAAAUUAAAUUGUUAUAGAUAAAAUAAGUGAUUUUUGAUAAAAUUUAUUCAAAUAACAUUUAUUUUAACGAAAAAAGUAUAUAUAUAUGUAUUUUAUUUUAGGAAAAAAAUAUUAAAUACUUCUUCAUCCUUUCACUAAAACAUCUGUGAUAAUAUGCCAAAAUCUCAAAUAUCCCACGACAAUCCAAUAUCCAAAAUUAGUGUCGAAAGAUUUUCAGAAAAUAUACAAAUAGUUGCUAAUGAACCUUCUUUAGCUUUAUUUAGAAUAUCUGAGCAUAUUAGAAGAUCACUACCUCAAUUAACACACUCAAAAAUUCAAAUUGAAAACAAUCAGGACAAAUUAUUAGGAAAAAUAUAUGAUAUUGAUACAUCUAUCAGUGUUUUACAAGAUAUGGAAAAAGUCAAACCUUUAUUCAAAAAGUUUCAAAACCACCUGAAAAAUAUAAUAUUAAUCAAUCAAACUUUUGAUCAUACCAGAAAAUAAAUAUUACAAUUUAUAGAAUCAUGACUGAAGUCCUAGAUUUAUAAAAUUAAAACUACAUUUUUUUAACAUUUAUAUAUAAUAUUCUAUAUAUAUUUAUGUCAAAUUGCUUAAAUAUGAGUUUUAUUAGUAUUAAUUAUUAAGAAGUAUUAGAUAGUCAGACAUGAAUAGUAACAAAAUAUUUUAGAAUAAAUACAGAGUAAGUUACUAUAACUAGCGCAUGUUUUGAAUUAGAGCACUGCAAAUUCUUUUUUUCUAGGCUGAUCAUGGUUCUGCCAAAUUUUUUAUUUUAAGCCUGGCUUGGUCAACAAAAAAAAUUAGGCCUAGACUGACCCACCUCAAAUUUUUACUUUAAGAUCUGAAAAUAUAUAGUAAUUUUAUCUUAAUUCUAGAGGAAUUCUAAUCAUAAUUAAUUUAGUAAUCUCUUUCCCAUUAUUGUUUCCGUGUCUUCAUCAAAUACCCCACAUUGACAUUGUUCGCUUCACUUAUGACUUUACCUCGAGUGAAAGGUAAGUCUUCUAUCAGAUUAAUUUUUAAUAUUUGGACAUCUUCGAAUUUUUUUGCAAUCUCGUUGGUUUUUGUUUCUCUACUCCAAACCAGGAUAAAGCGUUGGCAUAUUUGUUUUAAUUUCCAGGUCUAUGAAUUAUCUAGUUAUAAUUUAAUAGCUUUGUCGCCCACCAUAUUAAAUGGUUGUGUAAUUUUAUUUAAGUCUAUUAUCACCUAUCUUAUAUUUUGAGUUGUGAUACGUAACCAUAAUAAGAUGUUUCCAUAUAUAUAUUAAUUGAAUCUAGUGAAUAGGAUCACCUCCCGAUCAAUAAUGGCCUAAUUCAUAGACGUAGCCAGGAUUUUCCUAAGGGGGGGGGAUUAAAAAAUUACUGAGGGCUUCGCUCCCAGAUCUCAUUUUGGGUAGGCCUUCGGCACGCUUUUGCCCGGACUUCAGCAGGGUUACCUUAGUUAGUCUUCAUAAAAUAUUUUUACAAUAUAGGUUAAUUUUAAUAAAAAAAUAAGCCUGGAACAAAU